AUGGGUUCAGGCGCCUCAAAACCAGUGCGCUCAGCUGCUGGUGCAGCUGCAAAGCGCCAGUAUCCUAAAAAGGCUGCCCCUCCUCCAAGGACACCCGCUGCGCCAAAACAAGCCAGAGAGGCGCCACAGUCUACUCCCUACAUCUGCACCCACACCUUCACCACCAUUGACCUUGACGGCCGUGAUCCCGACUUCGCCGCCUCCCUCCGUACAAUCGGACCAGUCGACCCAUCCGGCAACUUCUCCCACCCCAACCCCUUCAACCGUGGCACCCUCCAAACCGUCUUCCCUACAUCCUCCAACCCAGCUCUCAUUGUUGUCAAUGCCCGUCAACGGAUCACAAAGGCUGCACAUGAUGAGGCUUUAGCAGUUGGGAACCCCAAUUUCACGGGUCGCCAGUUCCUGGAUUCGUUGACUAUUCAUCAGGCAUUGACGAUGCGUGACCAGCAGAAAUUACCGAGUGGGGAGAUUGAGCGGAUGCUGAGGUUGAAGAAGGGAACUAUUGACAAGUUAGGGAAGAGUGGUAUUGUCUCUCAGGCUGCUUGA